AUGCGAGAAGUUGGCACAAUGAUGGUGAAACGGUACUUGAAACUGGAAGGCCAUAAGUCUCAAGCAAUACGGAUGGGUUUUCACUCUAUUCCUGGUAUGUUACAGCUCCACCUUCAUGUCAUGACUCAAGAUUUUAAGGAAGCUGAUUCAAAUCACAACUGGAAUAAGAACAAUACUUCAUUCUUUAAAGAUGUUGACACUUGCAUCAAAGAAUUGGAAGAGGACAGACAACUAACGAUUCCCGCUGAUAAAAGGAAGUUGGAAGCUGACCCAUUCUGCUACAGGUGUGAGACCUCGUAUGAAUCAGUCGAUAUAAUCAGGAAGCAUCAAAAUAUAUGCCCAUUCCCAGAAAAUGUGAAGUCUUUUACUUGGUGA